UCAUGUAGUGGAAUAGAAGAUGAACUCAACUGAAUUCAGUGAAGAUGUAGAAGAAGUUCUAAAAAAUAACACUGUGAAAGUGGAGACGGAGGCUGAGGAAGCUGCCCUGGACUGCUCAGUGAAUUCCAGGUCUUCGGAGAAGCACCCUCUAGACAGUGUCUUCACCACCCUCCAGGACUCCAGCAAGCGCAAGCAGCCUGGCAGCGAGGGCCAGCCAGACUCUGUCUCCAGCGUGAAGAGGCGGCGGCUGAUUCCCGAGGCGCUCCUAGCAGGCAUGAGGAACCGGGAGAACAGCUCGCCCUGCCAGGGCAACGGGGAGCAGGCCGGCAGGGGCAAGCACUUGGUCUCUGCGUGGCCGGGUGAGGAGGAGCCCUGCCAUGACGCGACCACCCCCUCCUACAAGAAGCCUCUGUACGGCAUCUCGCACAAGAUCAUGGAGAAGAAGAACCCCCCUGCGGGCGACAUGCUCAGCACGUAUGAGCUCUUGGAGAAGGCAAACCCCAGCAACAGCCCCUCACCGCUGCGGCUCCUGAACGAGACACAGAAGCGGGACAGUGGCAGUGCGGCCUCGGCCACCACCGACGGCGACCCCAACAUCUACUUUCUGCUCCAGAAGAUGUUCUACAUGCUCAACACACUCUCCUCCAGCAUGUCCCAGCUGCACAGCAAGGUGGACCUGCUGUCCCUGGAGGUGAGCCGCAUCAAGAAGCAGGUGAGCCCCACGGAGAUGGUGGCCAAGUUCCAGCCGCCCCCCGAGUACCAGCUGACGGCCGCCGAGCUCAAGCAGAUCGUGGACCAGAGCCUGUCGGGCGGGGACCUGGCCUGCCGCCUGCUGGUGCAGCUCUUCCCCGAGCUCUUCAGCGACGUGGACUUCUCUCGCGGCUGCAGCGCCUGCGGCUUCGCAGCCAAGCGGAAGCUGGAGUCGCUGCACCUGCAGCUCAUCCGCAACUACGUGGAGGUCUACUACCCCUCCGUGAAGGACACGGCCGUGUGGCAGGCAGAGUGCCUGCCUCAGCUGAACGACUUCUUCAGCCGCUUCUGGGCCCAGCGGGAAAUGGAGGACAGCCAGCCAGCGGGCCAGGUCGCCGGCUUCUUUGAGGCCGAGCAGGUGGACCCCGGCCACUUCCUGGACAACAAAGACCAGGAGGAGGCCCUGUCCUUGGAUCGGAGCAGCACCAUCGCCUCGGACCACGUGGUGGACACACAGGACCUGACCGAGUUCCUGGACGAAGCCUCCUCGCCCGGCGAGUUCGCGGUCUUCCUGCUGCACCGGCUUUUCCCCGAGCUCUUUGACCACCGGAAGCUGGGUGAGCAGUACAGCUGCUACGGGGAUGGUGGCAAGCAGGAGCUGGACCCGCAGAGGCUGCAGAUCAUCCGCAACUACACGGAGAUCUACUUCCCCGACAUGCAGGAGGAGGAGGCCUGGCUGCAGCAGUGCGCCCAGCGCAUCAACGACGAGCUGGAGGGGCUGGGGCUGGACGGGGGCAGCGAGGGCGAGCCCCCGCGGGACGACUGCUACGACUCCUCCAGCCUGCCCGACGACAUCUCCGUGAUCAAGGUGGAGGACAGCUUCGAGGGCGAGCGGCCCGGCCGGCGGUCCAAGAAGAUCUGGCUGGUGCCCAUUGACUUCGACAAGCUGGAGGUCCCGCAGCCCGACUUCGAGGUGCCUGGCGGCGACUGCCUGCUCAGCAAGGAGCAGCUGCGCAGCAUCUACGAGAGCAGCCUGUCCAUCGGCAACUUCGCCUCGCGCCUGCUGGUGCACCUCUUCCCCGAGCUCUUCACCCACGAGAACCUGCGCAAACAGUACAACUGCAGCGGCUCCCUGGGCAAGAAGCAGCUGGACCCGUCCCGCAUCAAGCUCAUUCGCCACUACGUGCAGCUGCUCUAUCCCCGGGCCAAGAACGACCGCGUCUGGACGCUGGAGUUCGUGGGCAAACUGGACGAGCGCUGCCGCCGCCGGGACACGGAGCAGAGGCGCUCCUACCAGCAGCAGCGCAAGGUCCAUGUGCCAGGCCCCGAGUGCAGGGACCUGGCAAGCUAUGCAGUCAACUCCGAGAGGUUCCGAGAGGAAUUUGAGGGACCCCCGCUGCCCCCCGAAAGAAGUAGCAAAGACUUCUGCAAGAUCCCGCUGGACGAGCUGGUGGUCCCCUCGCCCGACUUCCCCGUGCCUUCGCCAUACCUGCUGUCGGACAAGGAGGUGCGCGAGAUCGUGCAGCAGAGCCUCUCGGUGGGCAACUUCGCCGCGCGGCUCCUCGUCAGGCUCUUCCCAGAACUCUUCACGGCCGAGAACCUCCGGCUGCAGUACAACCACUCGGGGGCCUGCAACAAGAAGCAGCUGGACCCCACGCGGCUCAGACUCAUCCGCCACUACGUGGAGGCGGUGUACCCCGUGGAGAAGAUGGAGGAGGUGUGGCAUUACGAAUGUAUCCCCAGCAUCGAUGAGCGAUGCCGCCGCCCCAACAGGAAAAAAUGUGACAUCCUGAAGAAAGCCAAGAAGGUGGAGAAGUGACGGUACCCUGGGGCCUGAGCCUGCCUUCGGAGCACGUGUAUGGUAUCCAGACACGCACCUUAUGGCAGUGGGAAGUGGCUUACUACUUUUGCACACAAACACCCACCCAACCACAAGAACGAAGCCUUACAUUUGGUCUCUCUUCCUUCGGACCUGUGUCCCGAGUUCCCCAGGGGUGCAGCCAGUUUGGGGACGGCUGAGCUGUGAGAGCCGAGGCCUCAGGAGCAGGCUUCUCUCUCCUGGCUGUCCUCCCCUUCUUCUCAAUUUGAAAUGCAAAUUCAGCAACUCUUGUUCCUCUUCCCACAUUUUACAUCUUCCAUUUUUAUCAAUUGUUUUUUAAUUAAAAGGAAACCCUUUUUUAAAAGAUCAUUUGGGCUCUUUGGGGGCCAAUUUGCUUAGGGGGAAAAAAAGUCUUUUAAAUAUUCAUGGUGAAAUACUGUUAGAUGACUUCUGUUGCUGGGAUUUCUUUUGAAGGUGGUUUCAGAUUUAUGAAAUUUUUAGGGUGGCCAUGUUUCUGCAUGGUGGCCAAUAAUAGCUUCCGGGGGCAUAGAGACCGACCUGACUGGCCUUGUCUUUAUCUCUGAUUGUGAAGGGUCAGGAUGCCCCUUGGAUGGCAGCGGAGGGAACGGGGUGGCGUGACAACCUUCCUGACCAUGUGCGCUCCCUCCCUCCGCUGUAGUGCGAGGAAGGGGCUUCCUGGUGGCCUGGCCUGCUCGUCGUUGCUGGGUGGGUCGGAUGCUGUGCUCACUCUCUGUAGACAAGAACACUGGAUGAUGAUGAUGAGAUGAAUGUAGAUAGACGUGGGAACACGUUCACAAUGUCAUUUGAGCUGUGUCCUUCCACUGCCCCCUUCCCUCUCCAUACGAGGAGGCUGGUUGGAGGGGCCAACACAUGUCCUUGGAGAACUGUGUGUGUGAAUUAAUUGGCUUCUUGUUUGAUGUAAGGACGGGUCCCUUUGGUCUCACCACGAACUGUUUACUUUCUGUGUGUGUAUUUGUACAAAACCUGGGUUCUGAGAGCCGUAUGGCGACUUCACCACAGCUCUGUGUUAGCUCCUCCGAUCAGUAUGCAUCCUGCUCCUCAGGGCAGGCCCAGACCCUCAGGCCCUCUUGGGGAUGCCCGGUAUUGGAAGGACACAGAUCAUCUCAAAUGGGGAUCCCAUGUCCCUUCCCAGGGUCCACUCAGAGCUCCCCCCUCAGACCCCCUAGAAGGCCCUGCUGUCCUACAUCUUGGCCCCUUGCCUUGGAUUGUGACAUUUCUUCUCUUCCCACUGGUUGGGAAGGUCAGACUAUUUUAGGCCAGUGGCAUGUUCUCCAGGAGUUCUGACCAGGAAAUCCCCCAGUAGUUAGAAGUUCUUGAAAACAAUACUUUUAUGGACCUGACUUUGGGGGCCAAAUGCCUAAGAGGAAAAGGAAACAGUUUAGAACUCAAACUGAAUGCAUCAUACCAGAAACCUGGAAACAUGAAUGAAUCACACAGGGUAGUCAUAAAACCCUGUGGCUUAAAUAUUGGCUACCUUAAAAUGCAGAAACAACAGAAACAAUCUGUGAAUUGUCUUUAUACAGCUGACAAGGACUUCGGUUCCGGUGGCUGUAGGACAGCAUUUUGCCUGCACCCAGCAGGUUUGUUUGUUUUAAUAUAUAUGACCGGAUUUUGAACAAUGUUUACGUGUUGACCUAGCUUUAUUAAAUUUGCUUUUAAAUGUCAUUUACAGAUUGUUUCUGUUGAAACUGCAGUCCUAAAUUAUUGAAAUUUAGAAAUGCACAGGGAUUGAAUGACUCUCCCACCCACCCACACGUGCACGCACACAUUUCUUAUUUAAAAACGAGUGAUGGGGACCUACAUAAACAACUUCAACUUCUUUGUGCCUGGAAAGAAGAAGGGACUGGAGCAGCCAGGAGGUUCACCCCACGCCCCCUCACCUGCGCCUUUCUCUAUGCCUUAGUCUCCCAAACACAUACAUGCACACAUGCACACAUGCAUGCAUAUACACACAUGCACACACACGCUCUACCCCCUACCCAAAGAUGGCAGUGGCACUGGCCGCCAGCCCUGCUGGUUGGAGAGUGCCGAGGAAUUCGUUCUGGUCUCUAGGAUGUAUCCGAAAGGAUUCCAAGCCAUGUGAAAAUUGUCCUGCUUUCUAGAGGCUGGAAUGUGACCCUGCAACUUCAGAAGCACAAUCAUUUUUUAAAUUCCUAUGUACCCACAUUAAAGAAAUCAACAGGUUCUAGGUCUAAGAAUGAACUAUGCCUCCGUAACCUAGAUCAUGUUUUUGGAAACUGUAUUUGGGUGGUUUCCUUUUAUACCUUU